AAAGUAAGAAAAAAAGGGACAGAAAUUGUUUCAACAAACACCGAGACAAAGUUUACACUGUCAGUAAGACAGGAACGUGAAUAACCUGGGGGAUUUCGCACGUGUUUUAUAAUCCACCCUCCACCCUUAGUCUCAUCCGGGUGCUAUAAAACCUGGAUCUUCUGCUAGUCCAGUAUCACUUGUCCGAAAGCAUUCUAACGGGAUAGACCAACAUGUCUGUGUUUCAAACAAACUUUGGUUUCGGUGUUGCGACUCUCUUCCUGGUGAUAAUUAUUAACCAGGUGUCUGGUGACUACGACGGCAGUGUUGAGAAUGACAGUGGAUUGUGUAUGGGACCUGACUGCGCAGAUCGACCUAGUAGCGGAGUUUCGGGCGCUAUGUGGUUUGGACCAAGACUGGGACGUCGACGUAGAUCUGGACCAGUGUCUCAUGUUAAUGAUGAUGAUGUCAAUACUAUCGCCGACGCAAUAAAUUCUGGUCCUUGGGCUCUGGUUUCUUAUCAGGGUACGGGUGAUAAAAGACACUCGACACAAUUCACACCGAGAUUAGGCCGUGAACUAGAAGACAAUUUACUCCAGAGAUAUUUAGCACUUGGUAAAGACAACGAGAUGUAUCAUCUAAUGGACACGCAGAUAAAUCCAGAGCAUCGUCAAUUAUCGCUUCCGCCACCGCCUCUAUUUGCACCACGUCUUGGCCGUCAGUUACCGUUUAUGAAUUCACCUCGAUUGAGACAUCUGCUGCAGAAUUCACGGAAUUUUUGAAUCCCUAUUAUUCUCUUAUCUUAUCUACUUUAUUUAUUUUUACUUGUCACUAUUUUAUUAUAAUUAUAAUUAUAAUUAAAGAAAUAUUAUAAAUUAUAAAUUUAUGUGGAAGUAUAAAUGUAUUAGCCA